AUGCCCACGGCACGAGUGUUGACAUUUGGCUAUAACUCCAAAACCUACUUCAGUCGAUCUGAAUCGGAAGUCCCAGACUUUGCCUCAGAAUUGCUCUGGGCAUUGAAAGCUCACCGGACAAGCGAAGAAGAAAAACAGCGCCGCAUAGUCUUCAUUUGCCAUAGUCUUGGGGGUCUAGUUUUCAAACAGGCCGUAAUCAUGGCCCAUGAGCUAGAUCGCCACUACUCCUGUAUCUUGGAUCAUAUUCACGGUGUGGUUUUCUUCGGCACCCCGCAUCGCGGCUCGAGCCUAGCUACGUGGGACGAACUCGGUACUCUCAUUGUCAAAGCUAGUACACUUGGAUACGCGACCAACAGCAAACUUUCGAGCAAUUUGAAGGUUGAUUCGAAGUUUCUGAGGCGCAUAUCAGAGUCAUUCGCAGCUCGCGGGGAAGACUUCGAAGUUAGAAGCUUCUAUGAGAAUGUGAAAAUGAAUGGCUUGAAUUGCAAGGUUGUCGAGAAGGAAUCGGCCACUUUGAAUUGGCCUAAAGAGCUGCCCAUUUCCUCGAACGCCAAUCACUCUGACAUCUGCAAGUUUCCGUCACCAGAGGACUCGAGAUACAAGGCUGCUUCUCUAGCUAUUCGCGAGGCGGUCGGGGAGCUACCAUCGGGCACCGAUGUUCCACUUGAUCCGCUAGCGAUGGCAUGCCUGAGAGACUUCAACGCAGACUACGAACAUCAUCUUGGCCAAAUCGAUGAUCCAGUGCCCAAGACUUGCGAGUGGAUUACGUCACAUAAGAAAUGGAAUCUAUGGGACUCUGUGCCAGGCCCAGCUCUUCUCUGGAUCACAGCUGAUGCUGGUUGCGGAAAGUCAGUGGUGGCAAAGUAUCUCGUCGACUUUUUCCAAAAGCGAGACGUUAGGGCACACCUUGAUACCCAUGUCUGCUAUUUCUUCUUCAAGGAAGGACUAGAACAUCAGGACAACGCACCAUCAGCUGUAUCAGCGAUCCUUCAUCAGCUAUUCUCCAGACAACGUCGGCUGAUGCACCACGCCAUGGCCAAGUACUCUAGCAUGCCAAAGAUUAGUUUCAAUCGUUUUUCUACACUUUGGUCUAUUCUACUAGCGACGAUGAAAGAUUCCAACACUAAGAACGUAAUAUGGAUAUUGGAUGGUCUAGAUGAGUGCGAAGAGAAGUCAUUGGACGAGCUCAUCAAAGCUCUGGCGGACUUCGUCCAGUCGCGCAAGUUGGCGCCCGUCAAGGGAAGGCCGGCCUGCAAGAUCGUCAUCCUUAGCCGACCCCUCAACUCUAUCGAACGGGUGUUUGGACUUCGGUCAGGAAACGCUAGCCAAGAGACUGGCUUACAGUACAGCUCGCAGUGUGGCAGUUUCAGGCUCAGUGCCGAGGAAGAGAGCGGCUCCAUUGCGAAGGAUAUUGCUCAAUUCGUCAGAUCAAAAAUUUCAGAUCUUGGUCAGCAGUCAGGACUAUCCCCUGACAUUCUCCGUCGACUUGAACAGCGACUUAUCAGCAAUGCCGAUUACACUUUUCUUUGGGUGUCUUUGGUGAUGAACAUCGUAGAAGGAGCGGAGGUUGACGGAAUUUCAAUGGAUCAGAUCGAAGCCAUCUUGGCCACUACCAAGCCCGAAGACGUUUACGAGAAACUCUUGUCUGGUCGAGUGUUACCAUUAAAAACCAGAAAGGUUUUAUUGCUUAUCCUUGCCGCCGUUCGUCCGUUGACAUUGGACGAGUUAUGCGGAGCUGUGGAAGUUAAUCAAGACUACCACCAACAACAAGAUACCAAAGAGUCGGAAAGAGUCAUGGCCCAUUUAGGAUCGAUAUCUGUGAAUGAGCUCGGUCAACGAAAGCAAGUUCCAGAGCUCAAGGAUACCCAAGAAAAUCAAACGAAACGAAGAGUUAUUACCAAGUCCGGAAGAAUAAUGGCUCCGACACACUUGACGCAGAUGUUGGAGAGCAACGAAAGGAGACGCAUGAGGGCCGUUAACCUCCGGCAUGAGGCACGUCAUGAUAAAACCAGUCGACAGCCAGAAGUGCAGACAAAAACAGUUUCAAAUCUGCAAGAGCUGCAGAAUUUCAUGUAUAAGCCGUUCAUAAAUCAUCUACGUCAAAUAUGUGGCCAUUUCGUCAGGGUUCGCAAUCAAAAAAUCUAUCUAAUCCAUCAGACAGCCCGUCAAUUUCUUCUGCAUCAACACAGAGAACUCGGUUUCGGAGCGAUUUCUCAAAGCAAAAAGUACUCUUUACCCACAGAUCGAGACAGGCAAGAAUCAGGAAGCUCGACACUUGUUUCGCAGUGGCAACAUUCAAUCAGUCUGGCGGAUGCUAACCUAUACAUGCUCCAAAUCUGUGCCGAUUACAUCGACCUGUUCCGGUCAACAGAGCCAUUCAACAAGACUGCCUUGCACCACCAGGAAGCAAGUCUUUACCUCAAAGAGUGUCGCAAGGAUAUUCCUCGCGCAUUCCUCAAAUACGUUUCACGUCAUUGGUUAGAUCAUUAUCGACCUAUACGGCAGGAUCUGAAGCUCUCUUAUGAUUACCUACUUCAACCAAAUACUCCACAGUUCAAUGCAUGGAUUAUUUCUCAUGGUUCGUGGAUGCCGGAAGAACAGCGGAGAGUUCUAGAAGUAGGAGGUGUUUCCAUAAUUGAGAAGGGAAAGGGGGUGGAGGAGCUUAGCACGCCUUCAGGCCUCCCCUACAAGGCGUGUCAAGGCACAGUCAAAACGCGUCAGGCUGACGCCAACCUCGGCCCUUCGGAGAAGAAAGAGCGAGAACUUCAAGCGGCUCUACAGCAUUUCAAUCUGAUAGGCAGAGAGAUUAGCCUAUGGGAAGCAGAGUAUCUUCAUGGGAAGCGAUACUGGAAAGGAAAGGAUUACGUUGAAUCAGGCGAUAUCAGCACAGAACCCUCCGACGAAGAUGAAGGAGUUGACAAGGACUCAGACGAGUCGAAGGCACCGAUUCCCGAUCGUAUGCAAAAUUACCGCCAGCAACAGAGCAAGCGUGUUAUUGAAAUCAUCACGGAGGGCCGGGAACCAAUGUCAGCGUCUAUGGCGAAUCCAACUUCGUCUCGUUCCUGGCUUGCGUGA